AUGCAAAAAAUAUUCGGCAACAGGAGCAAGAUUGUAACAGAAAUGAUGAAGUUUUCAUUUCAACACAGAGCUUUUUAUUGUUACCUUGGUAUGAGUGUUUGGAUUUUUUUUCUUAUUACAGUUAUGUACAAGUACAUGUCACUGGGAGAAGACACAGCUGCUGUGAAGAAAAUAGCUCAAAAUGAAUACAUAUCAAAAAGUGAUGCAAAAUUUAGGAAGAUUUAUUUGAGGGCAUGCAAUCCACCUGAUAGUAUUGUCAGAGGCUCAGAAGGUGUUGUAGACAGUGACACGUGGAUGCUCCAAGGAGUCUUAGUAAUCACGAGACAUGGCGAUAGAGGCCCACUGACGCAUCUUCGACAUGGAGACAAGCUGCCAUGCGAUGUUGCGCCAGUUUCUCCAUUACUGAAAAGUUACGAAGAGUUCGUAGCUAACGGCAGUUCAACGGGCCGGACGUGGUGGGUGUCCGUACCUGGGCCUUUUCACAACUUUCCCUCAUUACCAGCGAAGGCCUCUGGCACACACUGUGCUUUAGGACAACUUACUCCAAGAGGCAUGUUGCAAAUGAUCACAGUAGGCAAUAUUUUGAGAGAGGCUUACGGAGAGAAACUUAAUCUAGAUGCAGUCGAAUUACAGGGAAAGAAGGAUGCGGGUGAGUUGGUGUCGUACAGCACACGGUACCGCCGCACGUUCCAGUCGCUGGCGGGCGUGUGGUGGGGAGCGCGGCGCGCGGGCGCGGGGCCGCGGCUGGUGGCGGCGCGAGAGGCGCACAGCGUCGCCUUUUGUUUCCGCGACUGCGCCUGCCACGCGCACCACUCGCUCAACAGAAAAAUCAACAUACAAGCUAAAGGCCGACUCGAAUCGCACCCAGCCAUCAAAGAUUUGGUCACCAAACUGUCAAAAGUUUUAUUCGAAUCUCAGGAACACACAGACGCUGACGUAGUGAGGGACGCGCUACUGGCCUACAUGUGCCAUGAUGCGCCUUUGCCUUGCACAGAGAAGCCAAAGCUAAAUAAACCCAAACUUAAUAUAAACAAAAAGCAUAAAUUUCGCGCAAACUCUAUACCUUCGAGAAAAAUCUUAGACGUAGACAUAGACACAUUAAACAUGGAGCUAGAUUACAUCAAUAACCAAGUAGACUUUAACAAUGAAAUCGGUAGAAAAGCAAGAGAUAUCAUCGGGAAAUAUUACGACAGCAAGAAAACGCCUUUGGACUUUGAUGCUCAGAUGGAAAGAGAAAAACUAUUGUACUACCAACAGAGGUACCUAGACAAUGCCGAUGGGUACGAAGACGUAGUUAUAGUAAAAAAGAAUUUAGACGCAGAUUUCAAUUUUCCAAACGACGCAAGAAUGGAUACAGAUUUCGAUGAAGACUACAAAGAGCCAACUCCAGAAAGUUCCGAAGAUUUUUGCAUCAAAAAAGAACAUGUUAUGUCACUUUUUGCUUAUUUAGAAUGGAGUUACAGACAAGAAAUUAAAAAUAUACACAAUAGGAAAAGAGGUUUGUUAGUUGCCUAUGGUUUAAUCCAUAAUAUUGUUCAAAAUAUGAUUAGAAUGAUUUCUGAAAAUAAACCUAAAUUUGUUAUAUAUUCCGGUCACGAUAAGACACUUCAAGCGUUGAUCUUAGCUCUAGGUUUAAAUAACUAUCAACAUUACAAUAUACAGUACGCUUCUAGAAUGAUAUUCGAAGUAUAUAGGAAGAAGGAUUUAAGGGACGAAUUUAAGUUUACUAAACGAAAAGCGAUCGCACAAGAUUUUUAUUUCAGAGUCGUAUACAACGGCGAAGAUGUAACAAAUAAACUUAGUUUUUGUAAAUCUAGACAAAAUAUUGUAAUGAAAGUUGUUGAUCCGAUAGAUGAUAUGAAAAUAUAUAACACAUAUCUAUGUUCUAUAGAAAAUAUAGUCAGGUUUAUACACGAUGAUUAUUUUGCUAGUUUUAACGUCACAAAUUUCAAGGACGCGUGCACAAGUUACGGAAACACAAAACAUAUUUAUUAG